GGCCGGCCAAUUUUCUAGAUUUGUGUAAUAUUUUUUUCCAGAAUAAUCCAAAAUUACAGCAGUUCAAGCUUCUAUAGAACAGUCAAAUAUAUCUAAGAGUAUUGAAAUGGCAAAUAUCAAAUUCACUGAAGAUUUUGAUUCUGAUUCUGACUGGGAGCCAACGUUGAGACUCCCUAAAAAGGACAAUAAUGCACAACAUUCAGAUGUUAGGCCAUCAGGAAAAAUGUUGAAAAUACCUCAGAAUUGUAUGCCACCAGAUGAGAUGAGCGAUUCGUCUUUAGACAUGUCUCUACCAAAUUUGAAGACAGUCAGGAAACCAACGAAAAAGACAAAAACUGUAUCUAAAUCAUCAACAUUUUCAAAGGCUGCUUUAAAUACAUUGAAAAAUGUACAACAUAAGAAAAAUGCGAUCAAGCUGGUAUCUGAUAGUGAUACAGAUGAGUAUGACCCAACAAGUAAAAUUCUACAACAGAUAGACAAUGAUUUACCAGUCAACGGAAAAGUGCAAAACAAUACAACACCACAAACAUUGUCCAGUAGGUUAAAAUCAAUCAAGCCUAAGAUUACAGAUCAGUUUUAUAUGCAUACCGAUUCAGACGAUUCUGAUGGUUUUGAGGCCUUCAUGCAGAAAAUAUCACCAAAGAAAAAUAAAGAAAUGUCCAAGAAAAAGACUUCUAAAUUUAAGAAUAAACUCUCAACACGUGAUAAUGGGACUGUUUCAUCAACAGCAACAUGUGCAGCUCAUAAAGACACUUUGAGUAAGCCACUCAGAGGACCCCUUGAUGAUGAUGACUGUAGUAGUGAUGAUUUUUUUAAUCUUGCUGAUUUGGGUAAUGUAAAUGAGAAAUCAAAGGUUAAAAACAAAUACAAAGUGACAUCUCAAGAAGAAACUAAUGAUAGUGAUAACUUAGAUGAUAUGUUUGAUAAAAAUGUGAAAAAGAAAAGGCUGGUGAAGCACAAUGGUGAUCUUUUUCGAAGUACUGUAUUGAAAAACAAUACAAAGGGGUCAAAAAAUGGCAAAAGCAAUCAGAGUAGUGUGAAAUCAAAUAGCCAUUCGCCUAACUGUAUGAGAAAUGGUAGAAUAUAUGGGAACCAAGUGAUGGAUUCACCUAUUACUACUUCAGAAGCAAACAGUUCUAGUGAUAUGUUUAGUUUCUUAGAUGACUUGAGUCCAAUUAGAAGCCAUAGCUCACCACAAAGAAAGCAUGACUCACCACAUAAUCAGAGAAACCAUGACUCACCAUAUAGAAGUAAUGACUCACCACAUAGAUCACACAGGCCCCCAAGUAGCUCAGCCACUGUAGCCACACUUAAUACAAGCCUUCAAGGUCUUGAAGAUAUGCUGACUGAUAGUUUCCCCGCAUAUAAUACCAAAGGCAAUUCAAAACAUUGUAGUAAAAACUUACAAUCAGCAAAUAAUUCCCCUAUGCCAAUCAUAUCUGGUCCUCCGAGAAAGCGCAAAAAACGGGAAACUGCAUCGUCAUCUGCUACAACAUCCUUGACAACAAUGACUUCUGAGAGAUCUCAAGUAGCCAGAUCCUCUCCAUCUCUUGAACCAACGAAAUCGUCCAAUCCAAUCACUAGGAGGGGUGAUCGUCGUAGUAACAGCAUUGAGAUUAUUGACUUUAUUGAUGGACCGGGAAAUUGGUUAACGAAUCAUAAUAGUUCUCCAAGACAUAGGGAUGCUGAAGGAUCUCCAGGACGAAUGGCAGAUUCACCAGGAGAUGCAGUACAGAGAGUUCAGCAAAUAGAAGAUGAUGAAACCAUGGCAAGACGUCUUCAGGCUGAGAUGGAUAAUGAAUAUGCAGCAUUUUUAUCCAAUCAUCGUCAAGCAGAACACAAUGCCCCAGGUAUCCCAGCAUUCAGUUCAGAAACUACAAUGCCUCUAUGGGAGCCACCAGGUAUCCCAGCAUACUCUGGGUCUGAAGACAUAGAUGUUGGUGUACCUCCAUUGCCAACUGCACCCCCUGGUUUAAAUUCCAGGUCCCCUGUGAGGCCAGUUCGCUCUACAGGCACAAGGACACGGGCAUCGAGGACUACAUCAGUCAGGAGUCCUACCCAGCCACCUGUGAGGGUGGGGCGUACCAGGACUACAACCGGCCCCCACCCACGUGUACGGAGGCCAAGACAAGCCAGAGUAGUUGAACCACCUCUAGGUGAGGCAGAACGGAUAGCAUUUUUGCAAAACCUAGACCAUGAUGUAAACAUGCUACAAAGGAUUGGAGCAAUGACAGAUGACCAGUGGCAGGUACACAGGGCUAUUAACCUUGGUGCUCCGGGGCUCCCUGGGCUUCCACAUAAUAUGGGCUUCAUGAAUGACACAGCAGGUAUGGGGAUGGGAAUGGUACACGGAAUGCAGGCUAUGAUGGAUAUGGAUCCCCAAAUUGAUCUUGGUGUCUUAACAUUUUUGAAUAGGCCAAACAGGCCAAGGGUUGGAGGUCGAGCCAGGGGUCGUAGAGGUCGUAGGAAUGCAGCUGUGCCUGGUGAUGAUUACCAGGUGUUGUUAGAGCUUGGUGAUAUGAUAGGAGACGCCAGGCCUAAAGGUCUUACAACUCACCAAAUCAACCUCCUUCCUGUAAAAAAAUAUGUAGCUGCUGAUGCCAGAGACCCCGAGGCAGAGUGCAAUGUUUGCAUGUGUGAAUAUGAGGAAAAUCAAAAUAUACGAAUACUGCCAUGCUUCCAUGAAUUCCAUGAUUCGUGUAUUGAUCAGUGGAUUAAGGGGAACCCCACGUGUCCAGUGUGCAGAGUGGAGAUCCGGUUAUGAGACCAGUUCACUUAGCCCCUCAGUGUCCAACAAUCUACACUCAAUUGAUGAUAUGUCGAGGACAUCGAUGAACAAAAUAUUGCCAUCACUUUCGGAAAAUAAAAAUCUGACUUUCCCUUGUCAAGUUGAAAGAUGUGACUUUUCGCUGGUGUAUAGCAUUAGCACAGAGUAUUAUAUAGACAGAAAUUGUAGAAUUAAUCUGUUUCCUCUAUCUACAGUGCCUCUUGAUAAUUUCUGCAAUGUAAAAUUCAAGUGGGCUAUAAACUAUGUGAAUGUAGACUAGAGAGGCAGAAAUGUUGGAAUACAGUACCUACCUCUUGAGAGGUAGGUAGUAUGAGAAUGAGGAUGCUGAAGGAUAUAUAUUAUUAAUGGGUGAAAAGAAAAUGAUGAAUGUGUCAAUGAUAGAUGUUUUAAUGUUGAAUAUGGCACUGUUGGAUGUGUCACUGUUGAAAGUGUCAUUGUUCAGCGUGAACAUGUACAGAAUAUUCUAGGUCAGAAAUGUGGAAAGUACUGGAUGAACAAAAAAUGACAUUAUGCAAUAUUCUAGCUCAUAUGGAGGAAAUUGUGGGACUGUUGAUUGACAGUACCCAAUACAUGUGGUGUUCCAAAAAAUUGAAUUCAUGUAGGUUGUUAGUAGUUACUCUCGUUAGUAAAUGAGGGUAUAACGGUAAUGUCACCUCCUCCCAGGUGUAGUUGGCCACCCAUAAAUAUUCAUCUUGUAUUUAAAUCAAAAAGUGGGGAAACAGUUAUUUAUUUGGUUAGAACUAACAAAACAAGAGGAUGAGGUGUCACAGACCUGGUUUUGUUGUUCAAAAUUAAAAGGAAUCUCACUGGAUUGUUGAAUGGACUUCUAAGGCUUAAUUUUUUCAUGUAAAUUGAAAUUUAGGAAAUCAAUCUGGCACAGUUCCAAGAACGAGUCCUUAUAUUAAAUUAAUAGACAGGGAUCAUUAUUCUUAAGUUGACCAGCCUGGGGAACUUUGUAUUAAACUGUGAUUAUAUGUUUCAAAUUUUGUGCUGUAUUCUUUGAUCAUUAUGUGGUAUAGUAUGUAAAGAUGGAAAACAAUAUUAAAUACAAAAAAUGUGACUCUAAUAGUAUCAGGUUCAUUCCAAGGGCUUGGCUAUGCUUUAGAAAAUAAUAUCCUAGGUCAGAAUAUAAGGGAUAAAAUACAUUGUGCUCUGGUUAGCCCCAUAAAUCUGUCUUUGGUUAUGGGUUGAGAGCAGGAUGGGAAAUAAGUAUUUUUAUGUCCACACAAUUUGAAACUCUCUCGAUUUAUCAGUGUGGUCUAAAUGUUGACACACAACUGAAUAAAAUAUAUGUGGACACUUUGACCAUAGUAAUUGAAACUCUCUGGAUAUUUUUCCAAACAAGUCAAUUUAUCAGUGUUAUUUUCCAACAUGCAAAGGUAAAAAUGAAAAAUUUAAAUUUCGCUUCAGAAACAAAAAUGUACCCAAGAUUAAGAGAAAAUGUACUAAAUUCCAUCUUUUUGGUCUAUAUCAGCAAGGAAAAUUGUUAAGACACCAUGGGUCAUUUGAAAGAUCUCUUUGUGCU